CUCAUUCUCCUCGAGCAGCAUCCUCAGGGAUUCACCAUGAAAUUCGUGGCCCUUGCACUGACCAUUCUCCUGGCCGUCGGCUCCCAGGCCCGCUCCCUGCAGGCCGAUGCUCCCUCCCAGCUGGAGCACUACAGGGCCGCCACCCUGAUCUACCUGACCCAGGUCAAGGAGACCGCCAUGCGGACCCUGGACCACCUGGACGGCACAGAGUACGAGCAGUACAAGCAGAAGCUGACCGAGAGCCUGGACCAGCUCCAGACCUACGCCCAGUCUGCCUCUGAGACCAUGACCCCUUACACCGACACCUUCUCCACCCAGCUCCUGGACGCCACCCGCACCCUCCGCGAGAGCGUGGUCGCCGACGUCGAUGACCUCCGCAGCCAGCUGGAGCCCCACCGCGUGGAGCUGCAGGCCGUCAUGCAGAAGCACGUCGAAGAGUACCGCCAGAAGCUGGAGCCCGUCUUCCAGGAGUACGCCGCCAAGAACCGCGCCGAGGUCGACGCCCUGCGCACGCAGCUGGAGCCCCUGAUGGCGGAGAUGCGCCAGAAGGUGGUCGCCAACGUGGAGGAGACCAAGUCCAAGCUGGAGCCCAUGGUGGAGGUCGUCCGCUCCAAGCUGACCGCCCGCCUGGAGGAGCUCCGCACCAUGGCCGCCCCCUACGCCGAGGAGUACAAGGAGCAGCUGGUCAAGGUCGCUGGAAACCUGCGCGAGCAGCUCACCCCCCACGCCGAGAACCUGCAGGCCAAGGCCGCGCCCAUGUUCGAAGACCUCAAGACCAAGGUCAUGAGCCUCUACGAGACCCUGGCCGCCGCCCUCAAGGCCUAAGUGUCGUUGACCAGCCACUACUGACUCAACCACUUCAAGCUCCAUGUGCACACACACACACAGGCAGAGAAGGACACACACAUGACAUGUGCAGAAAUGCAAAGCUUGGCUGCAGAUAUGAGCAUCCCUUCAUUGUUAGCUGGACUGCAAGUGAAACGUGUGUGUUGAGAAACAUCUUCCUUCUCUGAUAACGCCAUCUUACUGUGUGAUGUUGUUGGUAAUAAAAACGAAAAAAAUC